AUGGCGACUGUGUGUUCAGGUAGUUUGGCUAUGUUCGAUGCAGGAGUUCCAUUGUUGUCUCCUGCUGCUGGUGUAGCCAUAGGCUUAGUAACAGGAGAAGACACUGCUAAAGACUACAAAGUCUUGACUGAUCUUUUGGGAAUCGAAGACUAUGCCGGAGAUAUGGACUUCAAAAUCGCUGGAACCAAGAACGGAUAUACUGCACUCCAGUUAGACGUUAAGAUUCUGGGCUUAACAAGACAACAGUUAACAGAAUCAUUGAUACGGGGACGUGAAGGCGUAGAUUACGUUUUGGAAAAAAUGGCAGUGAUGAGAGAUAGACCGAGAGCCGAAUUUAAGUCUUCAGUUCCUGUCAUAGAAACAGUGCCAAUCGAAAUUUACAAAAGGCAUACGCUAUUCAGAGGAGGUGCCAUGAACGUGAAACUCAUAGAAGCAGAAACUGGGGCUAAGAUUACAAUGGAAGAUGAUGCACACAUCAGUGUAUUCGCUCCCAAUAAAGAGAUGAUGGAAGAAGCCAAGGCUAUGCUCAAAAAAAUACUCACCGACAGCGAAGAAGUAUCGUAUAACUUCGGCCAGAUAAUUGAAGUUGAAGUGGCGGAAAUGGUUGAGAAAGGAGUCUAUGUGCAUCUUAGGGGAGCAAGUCAGCCUGUGUUUGUACCCAACAGCCAGAUACAUCCAACUCCGAUCUCUCAUUCUAGUGCUACAGGGUUGAAGACUGGACAGAAACUAACAAUGCAAUGGCUGAAUAGAGAUCCUGUGACAGGGAAAAUCCGACUAUCCAGAAGGAUGUUGACAUCUACGAUAGGCAAGGCUAUACGAAAGUAA